AUGCUUUCGCUUCGCAAAAUUUUAGGCGAGCAGAAAGUAUUAUUUUCAGAUUUAGGUGACCGGAACCCCCAUAUCUCACCAUUUUCUCCAACAGAUCCCAUACUACAAAAGCCAAUUCUCGAAAAAAUAACGUUAUGUCUUCAAUCCACGAACCAGUCUCAUAUUCUAUGGGCAUUGUCACGAUUUCCUUCAAUGUUCAAAGCCUAUCCUCAGAUUGGUCAAUACGUAUAUCUGAUAUUUCAAUUAUUUUCAUCGAAUAACCAAUUUAUCGAAUACGGAGCAAUUUGUUGCUGUAUGAACCUGGCCAAGCUGAAUGACUUUAAUUUGAACCAAAUCAUCCUUCUUGAGCUAUUACAAAGAGUUCUUGUGUUUCCUGCCGUUGAAUAUUUCGAAUGUAUAAAAUCAUGUAUCUCAAUUGCGACUCCAUCAAUAAUUUCUGACAAUAUACUACCUACUAUCAAAGAAUUGAUAUCAAAAAGUGAAUCACAUCAAUACGCAGCCGGAUAUUUUUUAACAUUUUUGCCAUAUUCUGCUGUAAACGUUUCCUCGUUAAUAGCAAUCAUAUUAAAUUCAUCUAUAAUCAUCAACAAUUACCUCCAAGCCAUUGUAUCUGCAAUGGCUCCUUAUCAACAAGCGGAUUGGCCAACAAAUCAACUUCCUAGUAUUUUCUUGCCUAUAGCGAAUUCCCAUGAAAACAUGAGGGAAGGACUACUCAAAACUGUAUUAAAUUUUGCAGAUAUCACGGCAAUGCAGUUUGGUACGUAUUCUUUUACAUUAACAGCCUUCCAAUGGGCUCUUAAUGAUGAGAAUGUAGGAAUUGUUUUAGUAGAAUUCUGCGAUGUUUUACUUUCUCAAAAAGGAUCCGAUUUUGUGAUAAUUAUCAAGGAAUUAGUCAUGAAAUUAUUCGCUUCUAGUACUCCUCAAACCAAAUACCGAUUAAUUAAAACACUUGCGUCAUCAAAAAUACUUGUUUCAGCUUUAGAUUCGCAAUUAAAACAAAUCAUCAAAACUUUAUCAGAAGAACCAACCGCUGAAGGCAGAUAUAUCAUUAUUACUAAUUUCCCUAACUUAAUAUCGAUAAUUCCUACGAAAUACAGAGAUUAUUUGACACAAAGCUUAACUCCCUUUUUCAACGAUACAGACCAGAACAUACAUUUCGUAUUACUAUCGCCAUACAUCAUAAAUGUCCUUGGAUUAUCAAACAGCAUCAACUUUAUGAUGCAAGUUUUGAAAUUGAUCCAAAGGAUUCCAAAAUACAAAUACAGAUACCUUAAACAUGUUGCCACGAUAUUCCUUUCACUACAGAACGAAGCCGUGACCCGUUUGUGGCAGAGUUAUCUUCCUAUUUUUAAUGAAUGGGCUGAAGAGAAUCCGCAUACGCUAAAAGAGUCAUUGAGGUGCUUCUACGUCCGAAUACUACGUUGCGAGAACUCUCCGGAGAAGCAGAAAACAAUUGUUCACGAAAUUGUGAAAAAAUUUGGAAAAUCAACAAAAUUUUCCAACAGAAUGCUAUUCACAGAACUUGCAUCGAGCUUGUUGUUCAUUGUUCCUCAUCCUCUUAUCAUUACAAACAUUUGGCCGUUAUAUCAAGAGAUUAUUAACGACAAAAUCACAAAUGUGACAUCAGCAGCUUAUCAGAACCUUCCAAAGUUCAUCCAGUACUUCAAGAAACUUGAUGACAACGCUGAGAAAGUUGCUGAGUAUUUGAUGGCUAAAUUUGACCCCGGUGAUGACGAAUACUUGAUAUAUUCCGUUAAAGUUGCGAAAUCUGUUAACACAAACCACUUGAAAUCUAAGUCAGAAGCACUUUUUAGUUCAAGACCAGCGAUCAAGUCACCAAAUCCAAAAAUAUACCAGCAAUCAUUGAUCAAGAAGCUUCCUAAGAUCACAGGUCGUCGAUUUUCAUUGAAAGGAAAACUUUAG